AAAAAACAGAAAAGAAUAUCCCGUGAGAGUUUAUUACAAGCAUAUACUCCGUAUAAUUUGCCACGAUGACAAUAAGCAUUUCCUUAUUCUCCAAUUGUCAUUUUGGAAAGGUAGAAUUCCUGUUAUUCCGGAGUAAUUCUAAUCCAACCGCUGAUUUCCAUCCUACAACCGCAACGCGCCUCCGCCUCCAACUCCCACGCUCCUCUUCUCCUACAGUUUCUCUUCCGCCUCGCUCCGCCGCAUUUCUGUGCUCCUCUUCUCUCGCCUCUGUUGUAGGUAUGGAUGCAUCUGGGGGUCAGGGUGUCUAUCCUCUCCACAGGUGUAAAACAAUACACCUGGUGAGGCAUGCUCAGGGAUUUCACAAUGUAGAAGGAGAAAAGGACCAUAGUGCAUACCUCUCUCCACACCUCUUUGAUGCAAGCCUUACUCCUCUUGGCUGGCAGCAGGUGGAUAAUCUACGCAAGCAUGUUCAUUCAUCUGGUCUUUUUAAGAAGGUUGAGUUGGUUGUCGUGUCUCCUUUAUUGAGGACUAUGCAAACAGCAGUUGGUGUCUUCGGGGGAGAAGACCAUGCAGAUGGUAUGCAUGAUCUACCACUAAUGGUGGCGAAUGCUGGAAACAGCAGCAGGUCUGCAAUUUCAAGUUUAAAUUGCCCUCGUUUCCUGGCAAUGGAGUUGUGUCGGGAACACAUAGGGGUUCAUUGGUGUGAUAAAAGAAGAAGCAUCAGCGAAUAUAAGCCUUCAUUUCCAGCAAUUGAUUUUUCGUUGAUUGAACAUGAUGAUGACACACUGUGGAAGGAAGACAUUAGAGAGGCAAAUGAAGAAGUUGCUAAAAGGGGGAUGAACUUUCUAAAGUGGUUGUCGACCAGGAAGGAAAAAGAAAUUGCAGUGGUUACUCACAGCGGAUUUUUGAUUCAUACUCUGAGUGAAUUUGGAAAGGACUGUCAUCAAAAUGUGAAGAAUGAAAUUUGCAGACCAUUUAAGAAUUGUGAACUACGGUCAAUGGUUAUUGUUGAUAGAUGUAUGAUUGGAUCAGACAUUCCAACGACCGACUACCCUGGUAAAAUUCCAAGUGGAGCAGACGUCCCAAGCGACGAUGCAGCUCUGAAGCAUUCCGAUGGCCUGUCUUAAUAAAUAAUUUGAAGAAUUGAAGAGCAUCAAAUUAAACAGGAGAAGUCAUUUUUAUUGCUCCUUAUUGUUUAUUUACCUACCGCUAUGAAUAUAUUAUUAUUAUGUAAGGAGCACCUAUUAUUUUGUUAAUCUUGGACUAGUGAAUUCCGGUACCGGAAAAGAAGAAAAUCAACAUACAUCUAUAGCCUAUGUGCUUUUUUUUAACACCACUAUAGCCUAUGUGCUUUUUUUUUACACCACUAUAGCCUAUGUGCUAUUCAUUUAUGAAUAGCAACUGUACUGUUAUGCUUCGCGGUAUUUACUACUCCGUACGCAGUAUUUAUUAGUUCAAAAUUUCAAAAUAUAACCAUUUUAUAGGUUUUG